CACACUCUCCCAACCAGCCGCUUCUUCUUUUUUUUUUUCCUUUUUUUUCUUUCUUCCUGCUAGCUGCUUUCUUCUACCUCCUCUCCCAUCGUCCUUACUCCUUAGUAGCGUGAUUCUCUCUGCCUGCCCGCCUGGUAGGCGCGCGCGUAGCCUCGCCUCGCUCUCCCAGUCUCCCACCUACACGGCUACACUUAAACACCGGGCAGGGAGAGCUGCUGCUGCUAACGGAUCGAUCGGAGAGCUAGCUGCUGGCCAUGGAGCCUGGUCCCGACGCGCCUGCUGGUGGCGGAGGAACCAGUAGUAGUGCGCCAGCGGAGACCGGGCCGUCGUCGUCCUCGGCCGCCGCCGCAGCAGCAGCCUCGUCGUCGUCGAACCGGCAGCAGGCAGCAGAGCAGGAAGCAGCGCCGCAGCAACAAGCCGGAGCUCAGCAGCCUCAGAGGCAACAGCCGGCAGCAGCGCCGCCGGCCCAGCCACAGGCUCAGCAGCCGCAGCCACUGGCACAGCAGCCUCCGCCGCCGCCGCCGCCUCCGGCGGGGCUCAGCCGGUACGAGUCGCAGAAGCGGCGCGACUGGAACACGUUCCUGCAGUACCUGCGGAACCACAAGCCGCCGCUGACGCUGGCGCGCUGCAGCGGCGCGCACGUCAUCGAGUUCCUCCGCUACCUGGACCAGUUCGGCAAGACCAAGGUGCACGCCGAGGGCUGCGCCUACUUCGGCCAGCCCAACCCGCCGGCGCCCUGCGCCUGCCCGCUGCGCCAGGCCUGGGGAAGCCUCGACGCGCUCAUCGGCCGCCUCCGCGCCGCCUACGAGGAGUCGGGGGGACGCCCGGAGUCCAACCCGUUCGCGGCCAAAGCCGUGCGCAUCUACCUCCGCGACGUGAGGGAGGCGCAGGCCAAGGCGCGCGGCAUCCCCUACGAGAAGAAGAAGCGCAAGCGAGGGAGCGCCGCCGCGCCUCCAGUCGCGCCGCCUCCUGUUGUAACCGCAGGGACGACGUCAGGGGCCGCCGGCGGUGAGGAGGAGGAGGACGACGACGACGAACCAUCGCCGUCUGCCGCAGGUGAACGACCACAACAGCAGACCACCACGCCGGCGUCCGCCUCGGCUAGCGCUCCUCCUCCUGCUGCAAGUACUUCCAGCGCUAGUGCAAGUAGUAGCACUGCCGCCACGGCCACGGCGACGGUGACGACGACGACGACAAGGAAGGAGGAAGAAGGAUCCGCGCCAAGCUCGUGAUAAGUGUAGAUCAUCUACUAGCCUUUUGAUUCAAUCAUACCAUCACCGGCCUCCCAAUUCUCAGAUAAUCCAUCUUAAAUUUUUAGUUGCUUACUAUUACAACUAUAUAUUGUUAUAUUGUUUGUUGGUAUAAGAGAGGUCUAAGGGACUUGUAGGAUCAUGUUAGGAGGGGUACAUAUAUAUAUAAACAAAGCAUAUAUAUCACUUGAAGAAAAAUUAAUUUGCAUCUCA